AGCAUCCUUACCAAACGCAGCACACACACCCAAGCUGACACAGGCACAAGUUUUCGCAGCCAACGCAACAAGCACAGCGUAACUUGCUUUCCCACUACCUACUACGUAACUUGGCUAGGUACCUACCUAGCUAGCUAUCUGAUCUGUGCUCUUUCUCUCUUGACUCCUCCUCCCUCUUCCUAGGCAUCAUCGAUUGGGCUCUUUGGAGGCACACAUCACUCGUUUGCUGUUCCUCCCUUUGCUAUCCCCCCCCCUUUCACUUCGCAUCUCCCAAUUCCCUCACUCAAUCCGCGACCCACGAGUCGAUCGGGAAACGAACCAAGCACAAGCAGCUGAAGGGCGGAUAACCAAUCCAUUUCCAAAGGGUCGUAUCAGUACCCCCAAAAAAUACUGGAGCAGACCCGCUGCCCGACUCUCCGGACGGACCUUCCAAGGCCCCUGUCCUGCUCUGCACCCUUUCUCAGUUCCGUAAUCAUACCAACCCAUCCUGACCGACCAUCGUCAGGAGAGCCCUUUUUUCCCAGGGGCAACCGUCCACUAUCCUUUGCCAGCGACUCAAACCAACGUUUUCUCUCGUUCAUCCACACUCCCUCUUUUUAUCUUUUUUAUUUUUAUUUUAUUGUUUUGUCUGCUGCGUUAUUCCCACAACGUCACUUUCCUUUUUGGAAGUUCCGGCCGCACGCCUCCGUCCCGUCUUCAAGUCGAGCAAAGCACAAGCAAACAGCUCCAAAUCGAUCCUUUUAAUUCCUGGGCUGUUCGUCCCAUACUCAAACCUGUCUCUUUUGAUCCAGCCGCGGGCCCCCGAUCAUCUCGACGCCCCCCAAGUACACGCCUCAUCAAUUACCAUCAGUUGCAGCCAAUCAUCAGUUCAACAACAGCUAGCUGCCGACGCUGACCUUUUGUCGAAUGACCUCGUAAAUCCUGUCCGGCUCUUUCGAAAAGAGCUCUCUUCCAAAACCCUCACCAGGGCUACCGUCGUGUUGGACGCGACUCUCACUGGGUUGUCGAGCUUUCCCAGCGAGCUGCACGUCUCAAUAGGGUCAGCAACUUCAAUCAAAUCGUCACCCAAUUCUGGUCAUUCAAAAUGACCGUCUCACACGACUACCCUCAUCGGGGAUCGAAUCACCCGCCAGCCAACAUGCUGGCCCUUGAAGAUCGAUUUGAAGUACUGAAGGAGAUUGGCGAUGGAAGCUUUGGAAGUGUGGCUCUAGCAAGAGUUCGCACUGCCGGAGCCGCGGUUGCUCGCCGGGGCACUGUGGUUGCCAUCAAGACGAUGAAAAAGACUUUUGAGUCCUUUACCCCAUGUCUGGAGCUCCGUGAAGUCGUUUUCUUGAGGACGCUACCAGCACACGCUCACCUCGUGCCUGCUCUGGACAUCUUCUUGGACCCCUUCACCAAGAAGCUGCACAUUGCCAUGGAGUACAUGGAGGGAAACCUCUACCAACUAAUGAAGGCGAGGGAACACAAGGCACUCGACAACGCCAGCGUAAAGAGCAUCCUUUUUCAGAUUAUGCAAGGUCUCGAGCACAUACACGCACACAGCUUCUUUCACAGAGACAUUAAGCCCGAAAACAUUUUGGUAUCAACCUCUGGACACAACGAAUCUUCGACAUCUUUCAGGAGAUACUCGUCAAUUGUCAACCCUCCAGCACAGGCAUACACUGUUAAGAUUGCCGACUUUGGACUGGCAAGAGAAACGCAUUCGAAACUCCCAUACACGACCUACGUCUCAACGAGAUGGUACCGCGCACCCGAAGUGCUCCUCAGAGCCGGCGAAUAUUCCGCCCCCGUCGACAUCUGGGCCGUCGGUGCCAUGGCUGUAGAGGUGGCUACACUCAAGCCCCUCUUUCCAGGUGGCAACGAGGUCGACCAGGUGUGGAGGGUUUGCGAAAUCAUGGGUAGCCCCGGUAACUGGUACAACAAGACCGGUGGGCGCGUUGGAGGCGGUGAAUGGAGGGAAGGCACCCGCUUGGCAGGCAAGCUCGGCUUCUCAUUCCCCAAGAUGGCGCCACAUGCUAUGGAUACGAUCCUGCAGGCCCCCCAGUGGCCCUCGUCUUUGAGCCAGUUUGUCACGUGGUGUUUGAUGUGGGACCCCAAAAACAGGCCGACAUCAACACAGGCACUGGCUCAUGAAUACUUUGCCGACGCCGUUGACCCCUUGCGACCCAAGUCGUCAGCAUCGAGGAUCUUGGGCCGCAAGCAGUCCGAUCUUAACAAGGGCAAGGACUCUGCAACCUCGACGCCAACGUCGUCCAAGUCAUGGUUUAGAAAAUCAUUGAUUGGUCGUACCGACAGCAACGAGAGUGCUGCCCCAGCUCCAGUGGCCAAGGAUGUCGCUCCCAGGCCUGCUCCCAUCCAUACCGUCAGUGAGAUAAAUCAACCCAAGGCAAGGCCUCCUGUUGCUACUAGCAAGCGUACCACCUGGACCAAUGGUCCUUCGAAUGUUGCGCCUAUGCCCAUUCUGCCAACCAUCAGACCGAUAUCUCCCAUGUCGGAUGCCGUGACUGCACAAGCAGCAAGCAACAGGACACCGGCAUACAACGAUGCCUACGCAAACGCAUCGAGCAACCGGGGUACAGAGAAGGCCUCCAAGAAGAUCGGACGCCAACUAUCGGUUGCAUCAAGCACAAAUCACUAUGCUGAGAUUCAUCGGCAACAGGCCGAGCGAGCUCUUAAUGGUAACGGAGGUCUUGCCUCGCCACCCAGUGGUAAGCAGGAGAAGGAAAGCUUCUUCUCGCACCUUCGCAAGAGGGCACGCAGGUUCUCGGGCCGCCACCAAGCUCCGAUAUCACCGACGUAUGACGAUGUCGAGGCUCAGGCCGGAUGCGGACCGUUUGCCAGCAACAGAUCAUCGAUGGUCAUUGAUCAACAAGGUCAGGCAGCAGGCAAGGACUCACACGGCGACUACAUGGCAGAGCCUCCGGCUGUACCGGUCCACAACGUGCCGGCAAACAACAAUGGCACUCUCAAAAGACAUCACUCGCUUCCGCACCACCAGCCUAGGUCUGUGGACAAUCUCAUGAAUGCUGCUCGUAACGGAAACAAUGUUCCUGGCGGUCCAAUUUCGAGCCGCACGCGGAGAGCGCAGGCUGGCCAACCCGGGGGGAUGCAUCAAUACGACGCGCCAGACGAGGAAGACGAGCUCUUGGACGAAGUUCUCACAUCUACGCACAACGCCAUGACAAAGCUUGAGAACAAGGACAAGGCCCCACCGCAUAGCAAUUCCCACUACAACAACAUGGCCAAGACGCCCGCCAGUAAUCGCAACUCUGCCGCCGCUGCACACAAUGCCAACCUUAACCCGUACCCGACACCAUCUCCGUCCGCCAACGGGAACUCGGUCCUCUUUGGCGACGGAAGUGAGAACGUGACACCGAAGCCCCUAAAUCUGGAGAAGGGCAAUACUUCUACACCCACAGACUAUGGCAAGUGGCCCACUCCCCCAUACGAGGAGUCGGAAUGGGCUGCGUCUGCAUCAGCUAGCAUCUGGGCCGCGAGUCACCGAUUUUAGAGCAAAAAGUACCCGGCCCCAUUUGAGCGUUGCAUUUAUACCGACUAGUUUCCGUCGGUUCAGUCGGUCAUCGUCCUUCAUAUACACACGGGUUUGGUGUUUUGGAGUUUUUAUCAUACUAUAGGCAUAUUAUUUUGCAACAUUUCUCGACACUCUCUAUUCAUCAUUCCUUUUCUUUUUAACUGAUCUUCAGUACCUGUUCUCAGCAAAUUUGAGCAUUGGUUGAAUCUGUGUCGCUCACCAAGGCUACACGGCUUCAUUUACUUUUUAAGUCCUUCUAGUUCGAUAUUUGAUUCUUUUGGAAAAAGGGGGCAGUGGAUAUGGGCCUCGUUCAGUUCAAUGCGAUGGGUUGCAUGGAGUUGUUCUGCCCGGGAAUACUGAUGGUGGCACCAUGUUUUCCCCCCUUAGCCCUUGUUUGUUAUGACCAGCUCUUCUUUCUAUUAUCGUCUGCUGUUUGUGGAACCUUGCAACUCAUUUGGCGCGUUUUCUUGCUUUGGAUUUUUGUCGUUAAGAGAAAAAAAAUACCCUUAUAGAUUGUACGGCUGGCUCCUCCCCAUUUAUUCUUCAGACCCCUUAUAUUCCCUGUUCCUUUACUGGGAAGGGAUGGCGGGAUGGGCCAAUCAACACACUAUCGAAUCUUUGAUUUUUAUUUUCCUUUGUCAGAAAGUAUAUACAUAUAUGUCCCUCGAGCAGCUAAGACUGUUAUUAUUAGUGUGGGGGGAAGUUGGUGGAAUCUAAACAAAGACUUGGGGGGUAGUUUCAUUUGUUGAAUGCGUUUUGCUUGGAAAUACCAACUCCCUCAAUAUAAGGGCUGUUCCUGGCUCUCUCAAUCUCUGCUUAAAAGGUCGUCACUUCCGUCAUGCUCAUUCGUUUCUUUCUUUUCUUUCAUGCUACAUAGAACCCCACUAUAUUCCUUUUGUUUACCUUCUGUUGGUUGGCAGGCAGAGCAUUGGUCUGCGCAUUGUUUAGUUUUUUUGCCCUCUUUCUGGGAGAUCAUACUGUUUUGGGGGGUGCCGGGUCAACAUUACAGAGCCGGUGCAUUGAUAAUGCGUGCAUAGCAGGCGGCUAAUCUCCUGGGAACAUAUGGGACUAUUGCUCGUUUUAUUAUCUUAUAGGUCGGCAUCACCCCUGGAGGGUAUAAUAAUUCUGGGCCAUUCUUCAUUGAUGGCUUUUUUUGGGAAUCCGACUUUUUCAAAUCCGAGGUGUCUGUUUCCUUUUUUUCACAUCGAUGGCAAUAUCAACACUAUAACAAAUCACCUAGUCCAUUCUAAU